AUGCUCCUCGGAACGCGCCUGUCGCUGGCGUUGCCGCGACAUGUACGGACGCUCUCGACGCGCAACGUCCCACCUGGGCCGCGAGGGUCCAUUCGUCGCGCAAAACCUUCUACUCCUCCGAUUCCACCACAAGUAAACCACUCAGCUGCUUCACGGCAGCCUGAACCAAAUGCAAACCAGCAAUCGCCGCCAACCACCGAAAGUCCCACAUCUAAAGUCGAAGCUGUCUCUAAUGCGCUCUCCAACACUUCUGAUGCCAACAACCCGCUCCUGACGCCCGUCCACAUACCCGAAGAUCACAAUGGUGUCAUCAAAGAAAGUCAUCCGGCGAUGCGUCUUCUCGAGAACUCCACUAUUGUCGUGCAGAGGCAGCUCGAGAUGAUGAACGUCCUUAUGGGCUUUGAACAAGCAAAUCGCUAUGUUAUCAUGGACCCGCAUGGGAACCACAUCGGGUACCUGGCAGAGCUAGAUCACGGUGUUGGACGAGCUGUGGCACGACAAAUGUUCCGAACGCACCGCAGUUUUACCACAUUCGUUCUUGACAAGGAGGAGAGGGAGGUACUGAGGUUCCAUCGACCCUUUGCUUGGAUCAGUUCGCGAAUACGCGUAUAUGACGCUCUGGCGUCCGGUGCGAGCGCGCAUACUGAGGUUGGGGCAUCGAACUUGUCACUCCCCAAUAUGAGCAUCAUAGGCGCAGCGGAGCAGGAAUGGGGCUUGCUGCGAAGGAAGUACAAUCUGUUCCUCGCCCGCAAGAUAGAAGCCGCAGCGCCCGGCACUCGCCAACUGAAGUCCGGUGAUCUUCCCUUGUCAGGAUCCAAAGCUCUCACACUAUCGGACGACAAUAACAGAGAAGUCGGUAUGGUCCAAUUCGCGCGUGUCGAUGAACCCUUCCUAUCGUGGGACUUUCGCCUCAUGUCCGAAGACCAACGCCUUAUUGGCUCCGUCAACCGCAAUUUUGGCGGCUUUGGGCGCGAAUUAUUUACAGACACGGGCGCAUAUGCGCUCAGAAUGGAUUCUGCAGGUCUUCAAGCGGAGACGCAGCAAUCCUUUAACAGUGAGCAGACCACGUCCCUGUCUCAAGACCGCCCAGGCAUGACGCUCGAUCAGCGCGCUGUCAUGCUUGCGACUGCUGUCAGUGUCGACUUUGACUACUUCAGCCGACACAGUGGGUCGGGAGGAAUGAUGUGGCCAAUGUGGAUUCCCUGGUUUGGCGGUGGUGGCGAGGUCGCUGGAGGAGCUGCUGCAGGAGGGACUGCUGCCGGUGCCGGUGAAGCUGCAGCAGUGGGCGCCGGAACGAUUGGUGCCGCUGGCGAGACAGGCAUCGCUAGCGAAGUUGGUGCCGCUGCACGAGGUGUGGGCUCCGCAGAAGGUUGGGCCGCUGGUGCUGGUACUAUGGCUGGCUACGAAGCUAUGCAGAGAGCAAGAGGCCAGCCUGAGAGUUCGGAGGCAGGAAAUAAUCCAGCGACGAAUGACCCGUAUGGAUACCCGCCGGAGCAGCAACCUGGGCAAGCAGGAGAAGACGUCUGGGGUCAAGGCAAAGACCCAUGGGGUAACGAUAACGAUCCUUGGGGAGGCGGCGGAGGUGGCUCCAGCAGUGGUGGAGGUGAAGGCAGUGGAGGAGGUUUCGAUGCCGGAGAUUGGUUUUGA